AUGGCCACUAUAUCAAAACACAAGAAAGUGAGAAUUAUGAAACAGAAAUUGAAAUUAUUUCGAGCUAAUGAACCAUUGAAAAGUGUAUUAAUGUGGGGCAUAAAUUAUUCAUUUUCUGCUUUGAAUCAUGUAAAACAACGUGCAUUAUUAUUGAAAGAUGAUUUUAAAGCCUACAUCAAAGUGAAAGUUAAUAAUCACUCGUUUAACAAAGAGAAUAUGCCGAGUAGAUUCAAGUUUAAAGAAUACUGUCCAAUGGUGUUCAAAUCGUUACGAGAUCGAUUUGGAGUUAAUAAGAUGGAUUAUUGGGACUCUUUCACCAGACAUCAACCAUUAUGGGAUAGUACACGUGGGAAAUCUGGAUCAAAAUUUCUAGUCACUUAUAACCGACAAUUUGUGGCAAAAACAAUCAGUUCAGAAGAAGUUGAACAAAUGCAUCAAAUGUUAGAAGAAUAUUAUUCGUAUAUUGUCAAAGGACACGGUGAAACAUUGCUUCCUCAAUUUCUUGGUCUUUAUCGACUUACAGUGAAUGAUCAGGAGACGUACAUAUUAGUAAUGCGAAAUGUGUUCAGUCCAAGACUUGCAAUUCAUAAGAAAUAUGAUUUAAAGGGCUCAGCAGUGGAUCGUGAAGCAAACGAGAAAGAAAAGUCGAAACCUUUGCCCACAUUGAAAGAUGCAGAUUUCCUGACAGAUUUAUGCAAAAUACAUAUUGGUGAAGAAUCUAAGAAGAAGGUGUUAAAUACACUGGAAUGUGAUAUACAAUUCUUACAAGAAAACAAUUUGAUCGACUACAGUCUUCUAAUUGGUGUACAUGAUCCUGAGAUUGCACGGAAUGGUUUAAUUGAGAAGGCCGGUGGUGAUGAUGAUGAAGGUACUGGCGGUUCGGGUGGAGGAGUGUUAGAGCCUAACAGUCGAGGUUUGGAUGAUAGAAAAGUGUCUUCAGGUGAUGGUCUGGGAACACUUGCCUCACAAUGGCAAUCUGGUCGUUUGUCGAUGGCUAGAUCGAGUAUUGUACUUGGUCUGAGUCCAGAUGCUGCGGAAGCUUCUAGUUGUGGUGUUGGUGUCGGCGUUGGUGUUGGGACUGGAAAUGCGAGUACAGGUGAUGAUGAUGACGAAGAGGAAGAUGGGAUCAGUAUACCAGAGAAUAAUGCACAUCAACUGCCAUCAAGUAUAAUUCAUUUAUGGUUGACCAUUCUAUCUUAUCUUGAUGAUCAUCAUUAUUCGUGA